AUUGAUGAGUACAAUGGGCUCUCUGUCGAUGAAAUGUUCGAGGCAUUAGAAAUCUACUUCCGCCCAAAAAUCAGCCCUUCGGUUGAACGGCUUAAGAUAUCCAAGGCACCUGGAGAUGAGGAAAUAUGUGUCAGAGUCAACCAAGGCGAAAAGAUUAUGGAUACAUUCGAAGGUGUCCAACUCACUUGGCAAAUGAUAAGUAUCGACUCCGAAGAGACAAAGAUUGACAACUUUGGCCGCUCUUUCCAAAAAAGGGUUCAGCGUAGAUCAAUUCAGCUCAAGUUCCACAAGAAAUACAGGGAAAAGGUACUAAGCUCUUACUUGCAGCAUGUAUUGAAGAGGUCAAAAGAAAUGAAAGAAGAAAAAAGGGUAAUGAAGCUCUACUCAGGUGGUGGAAAAUUGGGCCCAUCCAUCCACUUUCGACAUCCAGGAACUUUCGACACAUUGGCAAUGGAUCCAACAAAGAAAAAGGAACUGAGAGAUGACUUGGACAGGUUUGUGAAGGGAAGAGACUACUACCAGAGAGUUGGCAAGCCAUGGAAACGCGGGUACUUGUUGUACGGUCCCCCAGGCACGGGCAAGUCCAGCCUGAUUGCUGCCAUGGCUAACUAUUUGAAGUUCGACAUUAUUGACUUGGAGCUCACAAAAAUCCGGUACAAUUCAGAUUUUCAGCAGCUUCUAGUCUCUACUGGAAAUCAAUCAAUUUUGGUGAUUGAGGAUAUUGAUUGCAGUAUAAAAUUUCAGAACCGACAAGAUGGAGUAUACAAAAAUGAUGACACGCAGUUGACAUUGUCAGCGCUUCUUAAUUUUAUUGAUGGUCUCUGGUCAAGUUGUGGUGAUGAGAAGAUAAUUAUCUUUACAACCAAUCACAAAGACAGACUAGAACCUGCAUUGCUGAGACCGGGUCGCAUGGACGUGCAUAUCCACAUGUCCUACUGCACUCCUUGUGGGUUUAAGAUCCUUGCUUCUAACUACCUUGGCAUAAAAGAUCACUCCAUGUUUCCUGAAAUCGAGAAGCUCGUGACAGAGGUGGAGGUAACCCCCGCAGAGAUUGCAGAAGAACUCUUGAAAAGUGAUGAAGCAGACAUAGCCCUUGGAGGACUCAGCAAGUUCAUACGCACAAAGAAAACAGAACAUGAUAAAGCCAAUGCUGAAGGGAAACAAGGUCAAUGAACAAGCUGAAGAAAGCCCAUGAAACAAAGGAGCUGAAAAAGAAAGCGAGGAAAAUUAAGAGGAAGGCAAAAAAAGGGGAAGAAGCAGAAGAUGAGGUGAUGGUGCAUCCCUUAGUUAUGGUUAUUAGCCUAUAAAUAACAAGUUUCUCACUGUAUUAUGCCCACUUGGUCUAUUCUUGUGUGCUAGCCAAGUAAUAUUUUAUGUAAUAUUUGCAGGUUCUGAUAA